AUGGAUCCCAUCACCCGGCGCGAGGCCGACAAGAUCGAGUUCGUCCUCCGGGAUCUCGUCCAGGACCUCGAGCUCAUCUCCUUCCUUCCGGAUGAGUUUAGCUUCUGGCUGCGCGACGGUCUCCUCCACGAGGUCGCCCGCUUCGACGCGCAGCAGCGUGAGGCAAACGUUGAAUCCGCCACGGCGGAGGGGUUUGGGGUGAACGACGAGGUCACCCAUCUCUGCCGGGCGGCGGCCUUCGUCUGCGCGGCGACGCACUACGGCGAUCCCGCCGACUGCACCAACAACAAACUGUUCAAGACGGUCGAUGAGCUCUUCGUGCUCGAGCGGGAGCUGCAGGAGAACGCGAGCAAGGUGGGCCUUGUCGAGGCGGAGGAUCUGAGCACGCAGCGCAUGACGCUGCUCGCGCUGAUCGAUGAGCUGCGAGACGGCGGUUACGAGGAGCAGUUCAAGGCGUUUUUGCGCAAAUUUUUCCCCCCAUCGCACGAGACGACGGCCUUGAAGAAGAAGAGCGGGUCCAAAUCGGACACCGAGCUCCUCUCCACCAGCCAGGCGAACGCGGAGGGGGCGUCGUCGGUGGGCACGCCAACCCCCGCCUCGGAGGCGGCCCCGGCCGCGAAUUCGUCGGAGACGAGCCUCGCUGGAAAGGCGGAGGAGGCGUCCUUCUCGCGGGAGGACGCGUGCUCAGCGGGGAUGGUCGACGAGGACGUGGAGCACAUGCGGUAUGUGGUUCACGCGCUGCUGCAGCUCAUGCAGCUCCGCAACUCCUUCACGGUGAAUGAGGACAUCCACCGGUAUAACAUCCUGCACGAGGCCGUCAACCGCGAGCAGUCCGCCGUCGCCGACGUGCAGGCCUUCAACCAGGCGUACAAGGAGAUCAAGGAAUCCCGCAAGCGCGAGGUGGCCGAGCUCGACGAGGAGAUUCGGCAGCUCGAGGAUGAGCUCUUGCAGCUGCAGCGCACCGCCGAUGCGGAAUUCAAGGCCUUCAACGAGGUCAGUUGUCAAGUGCAGAGCGCACAGCGCAGCAACUAUCGGAAGCAGCUUGAGAAUCAGGUUCAGGCCGCCGCCUCCCUCGAGCGGACCUUGAAGGAGGUCGAAAAGCAGCACACCGACGAAAUGGCGCAGCUGCGCUCGGUGAAGGCGAAGUCGGAGGCCGCCGUGAGCGGCGCCAUCGUGGAGUACGAUACUGGGAUGCACUGUGCGCGCUCGAAUAUACGGCGGCUAGAGAAGGAAUCCGAGGAGGAUACCGCACGGAUUGUUGCGAUCGGCGAGCAGCUGCAGCGGUUGAAGAUUGAGCAGAGUGAGCACGAGUGGGAGCUCCAUGUCGCGGAGCAGCGGCUGGAGCAUGAGGCGAUGAUCCAGCAGCGACAGGUUCAGCAAACGCGAAUUAUUCAGGCUUUCUACCGCGCCUUCGCUGCGCGACGACAGUUUGAGAAGGAACUCGAAGCAAAGAAUAAGAAAAAGCGUAGCCGGAGAAAGAGUAGCCAAAAACGAAUCUGA